UCUCCAAAAAAUAUAUAUAUAUAUAUAUAUUUAUUUUUUUUAUAUACAAAAUAUCCUGAAAUUACCUUGCAAUUUAUACAUUUCAUACAUUCAUGUAAAAAUUUGUGUUGAACACCAGUUGCAUGGCAGAUACUGUUCUAAAUGCUGGCUGUCCAGUGGUAUACGGAACAAAUAAGAACUCCUCUAAGUUACAUUAUUGUGGUUAGAGCUAGACAGCAAACAAAGAAGUGUAAGUAUGUACUAUGUCAGGGUGGUGAUAAUUCCCAGCAAAAUUCCAGGAAGAUUAUUUUUAGACUCUGACAAAAUAUUUUAGAGUUCCUCUGGAGCAAUAUCUGUGAGAGAAUGAGAGAAGUUCUGAAAGAUUGUCCUAUUCGAUAUUGAAAUAUAAUAUGGAAAUUAAAUCGCUGGUACAGGUGCAAGAUAGGGCAGUGGGAGAAAAUAUAGAGAGGGCCAGGAAACAUUGAGGCAAAAAUGAGAAUUUUUUGUCUAAAAUAAAAUUGACAUUUCAGAUUAGUGGAGAAGUGGAUUGUUUAGUGAAUUGUGUGUAUCAGCUAGGUAUUCGGUACUGCAAGAUUUCAACUGAGUCAAACAACUAAGUCAUAAAAACAGAUAACAUUAAAGUACCAGAAACAGGACUUUGAAAGCAUGACCCUAGAAGUAGUAGAGCAAAGGUCAAUAGGUUUGACAUAAAAAAAGAUUCAAUAUUUCCCAAGAGCAAAGAGUACCAAAAACAGUGUGAAAAGUCACAUGAUAAACUGGGGAAGAUAUUUACAGUACAUGUAAUGGACAGAGGGUUAAUGUUCUUGCUAGAUAUCUUGAAAUCAAGAAAAGUAAACUCAAUAAAAAGAUGCGAAGGCCAUACAAUGGAAUUCACACACAGUGCAAGUUGAAUUUUUUUUUUUUUUUUUUGCCUGCCAGAGUGCCACAGAUGAAACAGAUUGCUAAUACCCAGUGUUGCUGGUGGGCUAGAGUGUUUACGCAGCUUUCUGCAGACCAGUUUGAAAAUAUUUAUUAGGAUUUUAAAAGUGCAUUCAUUGACCAGCACUUCACUUCGGAAUUUAACGCAAGGAAAUACUUGGUGGCGAGAAUACUGAGGAGUGUCAGCAGUGGAAUGCCUGCUCUUCUCAUAACCGGAGCGGAAACGGAAGCGUUUUGUGAGAGGGCUGGCGGGCAGGUGAGAACGGCGUUGGCCCGCCCACCCGGCGUCGGCUCCAGGCCUGGGGCUGCGGAAGCCAGAACAGAGCCCGGAACCCGAGUGCCUGCCCUGCUGGGGCCCGGAGGGAGGGCGGGGAGGGCAGCGCCGGGGACCCCAGCGGACCGGAAGGACUUGUGGCACGCGGCAUCCCCGUCAGAGGCCCCGAGUUGCCUUCGCUGUGGUGUCAUGAAGUUUCGCGCCAAGCUCACCGGCAAGGGCCGUCUAGAGCUGUUCAUCCAUGUCAGCGGCACCGUCGCGAGGCUGGCGAAGGUCUGCGUGCUCCGCGUGCGCCCUGACAGCCUGUGCUUCGGCCCCGCGGGCUUCCGCGGCCUCCGUGAGGCCGGACUGUGGUGCGAGGCCGGGCUGUGGUGCGAGGUGCGGCGGGGGGCCUUCCAGCAGUUUCGCAUGGAGGGUGCCUCGGAAGACCUCGAUGAGAUCCACCUGGAGCUGACGGCGGAGCACCUGUCCAGGGCGGCGAGAAGCGCGGCGGGCGCGUCGUCCCUGAAGCUGCAGCUGACCCACAGGCGCCGCCCCUGCCUCACGGUGGCGGUGGCGCUGGCCUCGCCCCUGGGCCGCGCUCGCAGCGUGGUGCACGAUCUGCCCGUGCAGGUGCUUCCCCGGAGAGCGUGGCGAGACUGCCCGCCGCCCAGCCUGCGCGCCGCCGACGCGAGCAUCCACCUGCCGCGCUGGAGGACGCUGAGGAGCAUCGUGGAGAGGAUGGCGAACGUGGGCGAUCACGUGCUGGUGGAAGCAAACCUCAGGGGCAGGAUGACCCUGAGUAUGGAGACGGAGGUGGUGUCCAUUAAAAGUUACUUUAAAAAUCUUGGAAACCCUCCGGAGUCGGCUGGUGUGCCUCCACACAGAGACCUGGAGAGCAUGGUGCAAGUGCGGGUAGAUAAUCGGAAGCUCCUGCAGUUUUUGGAGGGACAGCAAAUAAAUCCCACGAUGGCCUUAUGCAAUAUUUGGGACAAUAGUCUUCUUCAGCUUGUUUUGGUUCAAGAAGAUGUCUCUCUCCAGUAUUUCAUUCCUGCUUUGUAAAAAUUCAGCCGGCGUAGAUUUCUUUUUUUUAAGCUUAUGAUCUUUUCAAAACUGAAACAGACCCUGAGUUAAUUGGGUUGAAAGUUUGCACCUUCUCUGACUUAUACAGGGCGUAUAUUUUGUGGAGCCCUUCCUCCUUUGCAAAAUUUAUAUUAAAGCAUUGAUAAA